AUGGAGGACGAGGCUGUGAGGAAGACGAAGAUGUGCCAGGACACACAGGCAGGUGAGGAAAAAGCAGAGAGGUCCCACAGGAGGAGGGGCUACAAACCCAAUCCAGAGUGCUCUGCAGAGGAAAGACAGACCCCGUGCCAGGAAGGUGGACAGAGCUUCAGCCAGAGCUCGGAGCUGGUGGUCCAUGAGCAGCUUCAUGACAGGGAAAGGCGGUAUGAAUGCUUAGAGUGUGGGAAGAGCUUCAGUCAGAGCUCCCACCUGAUCCACCACCAGAUGAUCCACACCGGGGAAUGGGCCUAUGAGUGUGCGGAGUGUGGGAGGGGCUUCAGCUGCAGCUCCCUCCUUGUCAGGCACCAACGCAUCCACACUGGGGAGAGGCCCUACGAGUGUGGGAAUUCUGAGAUGAGCUUCAGCCAGAGCUCCAGGCUGAUCUGCCACCAGAGGAUCCACACUGGGGAAAGACCAUACAAAUGUGGGGAAUGUGAGAAGAGCUUCAGUCAGAGGUCCCAACUGAUCAUCCACGAAAUGAUCCACACUGGGGAGAGGCCCUACGAGUGUCCCCAGUGUCAGAUGAGUUUUCGCACCAGCUCCACUCUCCUCCGCCCCCAGCAGAUUCACACUGAUGAGAGGCCCUUCCGCUGCCCUGACUGCGGGAAGGGUUUCAAACAAAACUCCACCCUCGUCAGGCACCAGAGCAUCCACACUGGGGAGAGGCCCUACAAGUGUCCCCAGUGUGGGAAGAGCUUUACCCAGAGCUCUUCCUUGACCAGACACCAACAGAGGCACCGCUAA